AUGCCCCUCACACACCCCACGCCGCCGCUCGGCGAUCUCAGGGAGCCUCCCUCCUCCUUACCUUCUCCGGAGGAACCUGAUUCCCAACCGCCUAGUAGCAAGCGGCUCCGUCUGGAGGAGCCUGGCGGAGUCUCUGAGGCGGGGUGGCGGCUGCUUUGGCUGCCUCGCUUGUCUGAGGUACAGGUCAGGGAGUUGCCGCCCAGACCCCUCGAGGCCUUCCUAAUUCCAAUGGAUGCGAUUUUUGGUAACCCCGCAGCCUCGCGUGUGGAGCAGUCGGUCGGCGGGGAGCAGAGAAGCAGUCUGGGAGGCCAGGAUAGCAGACCCCCGACGCCUAGCAGUUCGCCGUCCCUCGCCCCACGGAGCGUGCGCGCGGGUCCCAGGGCUCGCGGGUGCCGACCCGGGCAGCUGGACAGGGGCGCUUCCAGCGCGCCCUGCAGUGGGGGAGCUCGGGCCGGGGUCGGUCUGUCUCCGCCCGCAGCCUCCACGCGUGGCAGACGUGGAGGCAGACACCGGGACCGAGGGAGGGUGUUUCCAAGGGUUCUGAAAGACACUAGUUACAUAAGGCAGGCAGAAACCCCAUUUUUAGACGUUACCUUUUACAAGGAAGCUAGAUCAACGUUUGGUGAAAUUAAGAACAGAUGUGAAGUUGACAGUGUUAUGCCAUCAAAUCGAAAAGAAAAUAACAUUUUGUCAUCUAUACUAAAAAUACCAAAAUCUCAAAACCAGCCCAGCUUGGAAAUUGCCAAACCCAGCUAUUUUAGAGAGAGCAUCACAAUAAGAAUCCCUGAGUUUCCAACGGUUUUAAAUAGCAACGUGUCCUUUGUCUAUUUAAAGGAAAGAGCAAAGAAAAAGAAUGACAAACUUGAGGCAUAUGUUAGGGAUUUCACAAACAUUUGCUGGUCCCAAAAUAGACCUGAUGUUAAGAAGCAAAAGUUACAGGAUGAUAAAAAAAGUGUAGAUGUGGAAAAUGAUCUUACUGGAUAUUAUGGAAGUAACCCCCAGUCAGUCAGCAACCAAAACAAUUUUGAGAGUAAAAAAGACUUGAUCAGUUUAAAAUACUAUCAUUACAGUAGUAUCAAGUGUGAUGUAAGAGACUCUAAAAAGAAUUUCACUAUAACACUAGAAAAGGCAAGUCGGGAGGAAGCAGUAACAAGCCUGAACAAUUAUAUAUCUACCAGGUUGGAGAAAUCCCCAAACUGGGACUGUAACAUAGGACGUAUUUUGAAAAGAAACAGGCAAAGUUGUUGGAUUAUGAAAAGUUACAAGAUCAACUGUGAGAAUAUGAAAAAACCUAGAGAAAUGAAUUCGCUACAAUUGCUAGUAAAAGAUCUUGUAAACAAGAAAGAUUAUUACAAUACAAAAGUCAUGAAUGUGAGUGAACAGUCAAAGCCUCUGAUGAUAGGAAUGCUGGGUAGCCAAGAAAAUUUAAUAAGAAUUGACUGGUUAAAUGGUAAGGGAGAAAAUGAUAAUAUACUACAGUUGAAAUACUACACUAUACAAAAUGACUUCGAUUUAAGCAAGAUUUUUCAAAGUUUCACUACAGAAAUUUUUAAUUUCCUCAAUAACAUUUCAGGAAAUAAAAAAGAUAAUAAUAUUUUGGCCUGGUAUAAAAUUUUGAAAGGCAAAAAGCAAAUUGGUAUUCAAAAUAUAACAACCAGAAAUAUGAAUGUCAACAUAAAGAAUGACAAAUAUUUACAAACCCAUGUUUUAGAACAUUUAAAUGUCUUUUUGAAAAUUAACAGAGCUUCUUUGUUCAGUAACUUUGAUUCUUUAAUAAGAAUUGAAAAUGAUUCUGAAUUGAAAGAAGGAUGUAUUUUCAAAUGGAUAGUGUGUUUAAACCAUCCAAAAAAUAUUACAAUGGAAAAUUCUAUUGUAUAUCUAAUAUGGAUUUUAACUUUUUCAAGACUCUUAGAAAAUAAUAUGAGACCUUUGUUAAAGAAAAGAAAGCUGUUUAAAACCAAACAACUUCUUGAAGGAUCUAAGAAAGAAAACAUGGAUUCCUUCAGGACAACUUUUGAAACACAUGAAAAAAUGGAAUUUGAUGACAUGGAAGAAAUUUCUUUGACAAAGGAAUCUAGUUACAAGAAUAUGAAUUGUCCUGAACAACUCAUGAAUGUAGAAAAUUGGGCUCACUGUAGUCUUAAUACUGUUAAAACACACCUGAAGUCUGGUCCUCAAUUUAUACAGAAUAGCCAUGCAUGUAAUAAUAAAAAAUAUUAUGAAAUAAAAACAUAUAACAAAGAUUUAGAUACUGAAAGAAAGCAGGAACACCAUAAGAUUAGUAAAUUCAAUUCUAAAUGCAUAUUUGAAGAUUUCUUUAAUGUUAGGCAACAGGCCAUAUUGGCAAGCCAAAAUUCAUUACAUAGGGAAAAGGUCAAUACCACAUGUACAAUUCAAGUGCCAAAUUCUAAGAACUUGCUAAGUGAAAACAAAGAAAAAAAAUAUGACUUUGUUUUGAAGAAAGAAGUAAAAGUCACAACACAAAGUUUAACAGAUAUCUGCCAACUUCACAACAAUAAUCCAAUAGGAAAGGACGAUAGUUUUUCCCCAAUGCAUGGCAGGCUUUCUGUGCAGUCAGGGUCAUUAAUGAGAAAGAAAGCACAUGUGGAAGAAACUCAGUCUGUUAAUCAAAAUAAUGUAAGGGACAGAAAUGAAUAUGAGAGUAUUUUGCAAGAAAGUGAGUUAGCUAAUUCAAAGUUUUCUCAUCCAAAGAAUGACUCUGCAUUAUAUGUUAAUCUUCAGUUUGAAGCUAAUUCAAGUGAAGAAAACAAUGAAUGUUUUCAGGAUUUAAAUGCUAGAUGUUUAUCAUCAGAAGCUCUGACAAUAGAAAUAGAUUUUGAGAUGAAGAGUAAAUUUGAUUUAGUACUUAAAGAACUUCAUAUGUUUCAUGAAAUUAGUAAGGAAAAUGAAAUUCCAAGCACUGUGGAAACAACUAAUGGGCAAAAAAAUUACUUUGGAAAAAGUAAUGAUAUUGAGGAGGAAGAAAUAGAGACAGAAAAAGAUUUGAAAAUGAUUGUAGCCCACAAAACCCACACAUCUUUGCCCUGUGAAAAGGUAGCAGGUCUUAGUAUGCAUAAAACUCACCAAGGUUUAUUUAAAUGGAAAACAAUACCCAAUAAUGGAGAACAGGAAGUUCCUAAAGAGCAUUGCUAUAGAACAUCAAAGGAACAAUUACUCUAUUCUACUUCCAAGGAAGAUGGUAAAAAACCUUUACCUAAAAGACCUGCUGUUUUUCCUGAUGAAUGUAAGGAAGAAAAAUUUAAUUAUCUACUGAGGGAAGGUAGUCAUUUUUCACAUGGCAUUUCAAGAGUACAUCCACUUAAGACAUGCAACCGACCAAUCAGGAUUGGCUUGUCAAGAAAAGCUAGGAUUAAACAACUUCAUCCCUACCUGAAAUAA